AUGCCGAAUAUCAAAAUCUUCAGCGGCAGCUCCCACCAGGACUUGUCCCAGAAAAUUGCCGACCGGCUGGGCCUGGAGCUGGGCAAGGUGGUGAGUAAGAAAUUCAGCAACCAGGAGACCUGUGUUGAAAUCGGCGAAAGCGUCCGCGGAGAGGACGUCUACAUCGUCCAGAGCGGCUGCGGUGCGGUUAAUGACAACCUAAUGGAGCUUCUGAUCAUGAUGAACGCCUGUAAGAUUGCCUCCGCCAGCCGGGUCACCGCAGUCAUCCCGUGCUUCCCGUACGCCCGGCAGGACAAGAAGGAUAAGAGCCGGGCUCCCAUCUCAGCCAAGCUGGUUGCGAAUAUGCUCUCCGUUGCAGGUGCAGAUCAUAUUAUUACCAUGGACCUUCAUGCUUCUCAAAUCCAGGGCUUUUUUGAUAUCCCUGUGGACAAUUUGUACGCAGAGCCAGCUGUCCUGAAGUGGAUAAGGGAGAAUAUACCUGAGUGGAGGAACUGCACUAUUGUCUCACCCGAUGCGGGGGGAGCUAAGAGAGUUACCUCCAUUGCGGACCGUUUGAAUGUUGACUUUGCCUUGAUUCACAAAGAACGGAAGAAGGCCAACGAAGUGGACCGCAUGGUGCUGGUAGGAGACGUGAAGGAUCGCGUGGCCAUUCUGGUGGAUGACAUGGCUGACACUUGUGGCACGAUCUGCCAUGCAGCCGACAAACUUCUUUCAGCUGGAGCCACCAAAGUUUAUGCUAUCCUGACUCACGGGAUCUUUUCUGGCCCCGCCAUUUCUCGCAUUAACAAUGCAUGCUUUGAAGCAGUGGUGGUCACCAAUACCAUCCCUCAGGAGGAUAAGAUGAAGCAUUGCUCUAAAAUACAGGUGAUCGACAUCUCCAUGAUUCUUGCAGAAGCCAUCAGGAGAACUCACAACGGGGAAUCUGUUUCCUACCUCUUCAGCCAUGUCCCUUUAUAA